AUGUCGAAGGUAGACAAAACUGGGGAACGGAGCUCUCUGAAAAAACUUCUCUUCCGUAACAGUCGCCAGAGGUACAGUGAGACUCCGAUACAAACAGAAACACCGGUGGCAUCGAUUCAACACGAGGAGGAGGUGCUAUACGAGAUCGAGCUACAAGCGUUGGAAAAGCUGCCAGAGCGUCUUCAGAAAAACUAUCGUGAGCUUUUCCAUGAGCGAGUCGAACGGCUAUCCGUGAAGAACCCAAACCUCAAGUAUCGCCAAUACGAUUAUAUGGACUACUUGCUUGGCUUUACCGAUAGAGGAGGAAUCUCGUGUUGUUCAUGCCUCUCGAAACGGUAA